AAGCCAAUACAAUCCAAGACUAUCUGGCAUUCUCUUAGACAGAUGGGGGGUGUACGCUUAUUUUAAUCUUCAAUAGCGCUGCGACUGUGGCCAGGUGCUUCCUCGUCCGGCCGCAUCGCCUAGCUACGCAGGCUGCGGCGCGGAUUCUCGACACGGCGUUUCAAGAAUCCCGCUCUCAUCCCCCUCAAUAGGAAGGGAUGGAACGAUCCCCCGCUUGGAACGCCGUAAUGGACGACGUUUUUCUCGUAGAGCUCCAGAACGCAGGGGUAGAGGAUGUAUCCGCAGUCGCCAGAGCACUAGUGGACUUCGGAACAGAGCCCCGCGGGUCGAGCCUCCAGUUACCUCUUCACUGUACCGACAGCCCGACCAGGACCUGCCGCCUUCUCAAGCAGCUGCCAAAACUAAAUGAUCUGCUAUACUACAUAGGGGCUGAAGUGAGUGAAACCAGGCCUGGCGGAAUAGCUGUGCGCUGCUACACAAGCAUCAGCUUCAGCAACUACAUCAGGAGAGACCAGCGCAUGGUGGAAGCGAUCAUAUGCUUCCAAUGCAUCGUCGCUAGGCACCGCUGCGUCGACGUACUUGAGUUAAGACUUCAGCCACGGGAACAACGUGACCUCGAUACACUGAUGUGCAAAACCACGAAGUGGGUUACUUUGCUGAGCGGCUUUCACCUGAGUGAUUCAGUUUUAAAUAAUGCAGCCAUCACUACUGAGACCUUUGCAGCGGUCACUCGUCUGCUGCGGUCUCAGCUCGCCGAGCUAUCUCUAGAGGACGUGCGGCUGUCCGAACUUUCCAAGCAAGCUCGUGCUUCGCUGGAUGCUUUCAUGACGGCGGUUUCCGAGACACGCGAUCUCAAGCGGCUCAAGGUCGUCAAUGUGGCCUUGCGAAAAGAGGCUUCAGUCAACGAGUUUGACUUCGUUACAAGGCUGCUACAGGCCCUGGCAAACAACACCAGCAUCUGUCGCCUAACCUUGGAUUCCUCCUUUCCUGCUCACCGGCACGGUUCAAGCUUCAAGCGAAUGCUUGCCAGACCUUGGGCUCCUCCCUACCUGGCUGUGGUUUGCCCUUACCACAGUUACCGCUCCAAGUCAAACUUGGUGUUCGAUGCCCUCGUUUCCAACGAAACAGUGACCAAGCUCACCGUUGAGAGCUUCAAAUUAGGUAUCAUGGAUUCCAAGUCACUCUCGAAGUUCCUUGCCUCCAACAACACCAUGGAAGAGAUGACACUCAUUAGUACUGAGUGGGACGUAAGGACAGAGAGAAGUAAGGAGAGGAUCAGAUGGCAUGCUGAACAUUUGGCGGAUGGCCUGAGGAAGGCAACAUCACUCCAGCGCCUCGCUCUGACAUGCGACUUUUCUUCUGCUGAGAUUCGUUGGAUCAUCAAAGCCGCUCAUGAAUCUGAGUCUCUGAAAGAGGUGCACUUUUGGGAGAUCCGUGAGGGAGACCUUGAGCCAAUAUCUGCUGUGCGUCAGGAGAUGGCCGACAAGUGGAAGAUCACAAUUGGACGAUUUUGCGUUAGCAUGUACUCCGAUUCCGCUAAACAGAUUGCCGGCUUCCACGAGGCUCUCCCAAACCCUGAAAAGUGUGAUCCUCUGAAUCUGAUGUUUGCGCCGCCGGGACACUCGUGCGACACUCUCCGUGUCCCCUGUGGAGACCAUCUGACGUCUUUGCUCUUGACCGGUGGCUACUUCAUGAAAGUGCCCCCGGAGAUCGCCCGAGGAUUGGGCCUUUACCUGGCACUGACACGCAGUCUACGGCAGUUGAGCAUGGAAUUUGAAACGUCGCACGACUCGGCGCGGUACAUCAUAGAAGGCAUCGCCAAGAAUAAGACCAUCGAGUGGCUGCACAUUGAAAGAUUCUCUGUGAAGAAUGAUGACUGGGAAACCUUGGGCCGUUGGCUGAUCGACAAUCGGCACUUGCACAGCCUGGACAUAUCGCUUCCUUAUAGAGACAAUGAUGCACUAGCCAAACCCUUGGCAGCAUCAUUAGAGAGUAACUACACCAUCACGGCAGCCAAAAUCUUUGACUUCGAUCUUAAAAAGCCAACCUGGAUGCACAUUAAGAACAUGGUUCGGCGCAACUGCGGAUUGGUGCGGUGCGCAGCUGCAUUCGUCCUGGGAGUGUCGCAUAAACGUGCCGCUGUCGCCUACGAACUGGUCUCCUGGCACCCGCAGCUUCCCAUGGCUGUCCAGGACAUGGGAUUGCUGAGCAAAGACGAGGCCAUGACGAGGAUUGAGCAAAGCCCUCUAAGGCUUCGUGAUGAGUUCUGGAAGCUGUCUGGCAUUGUCAAAGAACACCUCAUCUGCAAUAAGCCACCAGCUGGAGCAAACGGGCAGCAGAAUGUCUACCAGCUCGACAAGCUUGGCGUCUACAUGUUGGACCACAUACGCUCCUACCUCAAGGUCGGUGACAUUCUGGACGACGAAGAGGACGAUCCGUGGAGCGAAAGUGCACAAGCUGCCACACAGCGUUGCAGUAAGCGAAAGCGGUCGGACAGCCCCACCUUGAUGCAGCAAGUGCAGUGACCUCAAGAAGAACUGCGACCAAUAGUGCGGCUCGCCUUUUUAUCAGCUGACAACUGUUCCCUCAAAGGCAACUGAAACCUGACAUUGGUCAAUAAAGCUGUUUUCAA